CGCCGCGUUGCGUUUCUUGUUCUCGUUGCAGGCUGGGAGAAGACGUGUGUGCGAUCCUGCGACUGUCUGGACCGCUGAAGAGCCAGUUCGCCAAGGAGCACCAGCUGGAGCUGGACAAGCUGCUGGACGCGAGCGACUACAAGGAGCGCUACCGGGGGGACAUGAUCCGCUGGGGCGAGGCUCGUCGGUCCGCCGACCCCGGCUUCUUCUGUCGACUGGCGACGCAAAGCGACGGGGCGCGGUGCCCCGUGUGGCGCCGCCUCUUCAUCGGAGGCGCUCUUCAUCGGAGGCGCUCUGUAAAGUGUUAACGCACAAGCAGCAGGAGCAAUCAUCGCCUCCCACCGCAAAACCUCGGCAAGACCCUGCCACUAGAAGAUGCACGAAACUCGGCUGGGCGUACCCUGCGUAGACAAGCAGUAAUAUAGCAACAGCAAUAACAACGGCAACGAUAAUAGUGAGUUGAACACGUAGUAGGCUUCCGCGACCAAUGUUAUCAAUCCUAAAGGUUGUGCCCGAUGAAGCCGGUUGUCAUGGGCAGCUAAACGUCACAAUACUCAUACGGUAAAUGU